AUGGCGAACAACGGGAGGCCCCCUUUCUGCUUGGCCGCGGCUCUCCAAUAUGGGGGAAAGGGAAGGCUGGGCUGUCCUUGGCAGUGCCUGAGCCGGGAUGGAGCUCUCCCGGGCAUGCCCGUUUAUGGAGGACAGCUUCACCCGCUUUUCCUCCCAAAGCAACGUCUACGGCCUGGCCGCGUUGCCGGGGGCGGCUCGCGGGGGCGGGCGGGGUCACGACAGCCCCUGGGGGGCGGGGCAGGGACAAGACGACGUUGGUGGGGCGGGGUUGGGGCAGGUGGAAGUGGGGGGCUCUGAGGGGGCAGGGACCGGGGCAGAGCCGAGCGGGCAGGCGCUGGGAGGCUCUAAGGGAGCGCCGGGGGCUGCUUCAGGGGUCGUUCGGUGGGGCUCAGAAGGUGCCUGUGGGGCUGGCGUGGGGCUGGGGGUCUCCGGCCCCGUUGGCCAGGAAGGGGCAGGGCGGCUCAGUUGGGCGUGUGGAGAUGGCCCCGGCGGGCUUCUGGCGGCCACCCUGAAGGGGAAGGUGAUUUAUUUCCGCUACCAAGAUCUGCGGCAGAAGCUGCGGCCCGUGGCCAGAGAGUUGCAAUUCACCUAUAUCCCAGUUGAUGCUGAGAUUGUCUCGAUUGACACUUUCAACAAGUCGCCUCCCAAAAGGGGCUUGGUGGUGGGGAUUACCUUCAUUAAGGAUUCUGGAGACAAAGCCAGCCCCUUCCUUAACAUUUAUUGUGACUAUGAACCAGGCUCUGAAUACAACUUAGAUUCUAUUGCACAGAGCUGCUUGAACCUGGAACUACAGUUCACUCCUUUCCAGCUGUACCAUGCAGAAGUUCGGGUUGCUGGCCAGCCAGAGACAGUUUUCCUCUUGAGCGGCAAUGACCCUGCUAUCCACCUGUACAAAGAGAAUGAGGAGCUGCACCAGUUUGAAGAGCACCCGGUAGAGAGCCUCUUUCCUGAACUCAAGGAGCUGCCAAGCAAUGUGCUGUGGCUGGAUGUGUACAACAUUUCACACUCGGGACAACGCAUCACGGCCUUUGGCUGCCAGAGCGGCUACAUCCGAGUUGCCCAGGUUGAGUCAGCUAGCCGAGUGGUGCUACAGAGCUGGAGCAUCCAGCAAGAUGGUCCCAUCUCCAAAGUCCUGGUGUUUGCCCUGCGGACAGCCUGCCGUCCAGGCAGUGACCUCUCGGGAACCGUGGCUUCAAACGGUAGUUCUGGCACCCACAGUCAGUGCUACAGUGUCCUCGUCACCAGCACUGUUGAGCUCUCUGUUGUCUACAGGAAUGUGCUGCAGAGCGGCCUUGAGGACCAGGUAGUCCUUCCCCUGAGUGACCAGUACGACAGUGUGCUCUGUGCCCUGGUGACUGAUGUCAACUUUGACUGCGAACCUGAGAUCCUGCUUGGCACCUAUGGACAGGAGCUUUUGUGCUACAAGUACAGAGCUGCGGAUGCUCCUGUUGCAGGCACAGCGGGAGCCCAGCCUUCCAGCCAGCCUGACGGGGAGUUCCACUUACUCUGGCAGCGGACUUUCCCCAGCCCUGUCUUGUCCAUGGAGUAUGUGGAUCUGACCUGCGACGGGCUCUGCGAAUUGGCUGUGGUGUGCCUGAAAGGGCUGCAUAUUCUUCAGCACAGCCUGAUGCAGAUGGCCCAUUGCCUCUUGGAGCGGCUUCGGCUGAAAGUGGCAAGCAGGGUGGCCCAGAAUGCGCUCUCUGCACAGCACCAAGACAUCAAGGCUGAGGAUGUUGAUGGGAACAGACCAAUGGAGUGAUGGCCGUGGCUGGGCCUCCUUGGCUGUUGGCCUUGUCCAGAAGAAAUGGCAAAGAGAAGCCAAGUAGCAGUGUCAUCUCAAGGGGGACCCUUCCAACUCUGCUACGGAGCCCGGGAAGGGAACAAGGACCAAAUGGAUGGCUGUGGUGGCAGUAGGAUGUCCCUGGAACCCUCAAGUGGUAUUUUGUGGAUGUGUCUUCAGGAGAAAUAAAGGGCAACCAAAGAAGCAGCUAUGCCUUUUUUGCCCCAAGAAACAAACCUCUCACGCAAUGCUUCUUUUGGACUGUUUUAUUUGUUUGUUUGCAAGAAAUUGGCCUGAGCUUGGCCUGGCCAAGAGCUCUAUAAAAAGAGAAUGAAAUUUGUAUGAUAAGCAGUAUCUGCUCCCUGUGUUUGUGAUCUACUCUAUAGGAAUCGGCUGAAGACUGCCAUUCCUUAUUUAGUUCUGUAGUCUCCGUGUCCCACCUAGGGCGGGAGCAUGGUUGGGGCUGGGACAAGAGGAAAAGGCCUUUUCCAUGACUGCACCCAGAUUAUCAAACGCCUUGCCCUGUGAAGGGCAGUUGGCUCCUGUGUGGCCAGGUAGUUCAUUCCUGCAGGCUGCUGCUUUGUUUUUUGUUUUUUAAAAGAGAUAGACAAUUUGUUUGUGAUUUCUUAACUGGUGGCCUGUCUCUUUCCUUUUCGUAAUUUUUUUUGUAUUUUUUUUUUGUAAUUACUAUGUUGUGGUUUACAACAGAUGCUAUGGGAGGUCGCUGAUUCAUAGAGUUCGCCAUAAGUUGGAAUCAACAUAAGUUGGAACAACAACAACAAACUGCCCUGAGUUGUGUUUUUCCCCUAGAAGGGUAGGACUUAAUUUUUUAAAAAUUAAUUAAUUACUUAGCCUUUUUCAACUGUUGGCGGCAGUGUGCCUGUGAAUAUCCGUUACCAGGAAUCGUAACUGGGAAGGGUGCUGUUGCGCUCGGGUCCUGUUCACAGGAUUUCCAUAUAGACACUUGGUUGGCCACUGUGAGAUCAGGAUGCGGGACUAGGUGGGCUUUUUGGCCUGAUCCAGCAGCCAGGCUCUUGCCCUUUCUCCAGCCACAUGAUGCAAGGCAGAUUGCAUCAAAAAUUUACACAAUAUUAAAAUGAAUACAGUGAAACAAAACCCCAGUGAGGCAAUUAAGAUGACAGUACCAAGCAGGAAAGCGCUGAGCAUCCUUGGUUUUCAAAAGCAAAUCUGGCUCCCAUCCUAAGCAGGCUUACUUGGAAGAAUGUCUCCUGGAAACUCCUCGCCUGGUUCUCUUCUCCCCUGCUCCUGCUUUCCAGUUCCCUGUCCUUUUAUCCACCUCCCCUCCCCUAAGUUGGUGUAGGAAGCUGAACUCGGCACUUACACCACACACAAAAUGGGAAGGAAGAUAGGGAGCUGACCUUUUUCCGAGACAGACCGCUGGUCCAUCUACUUGAUCUCCUUUGACUGGUGGCAAUAGCCACUCCCCAGGCUUUCGGAUGGGGUUUUCUAAAGAUGGUAGCGACUGUGCAUUAAUCCUUGUGCAUGUGAGUGUGUGCUGUGCUGCUGCCCUCUGGCCCUUCCCUCUUGAAGAAUGGGCCAGGAGAAGCAAGACUUUGCUUGUGUCAUAUAUCUGGGGCACUUCUGAAGGUAAAUGCACCAUCUUGUGACUUGGUGAGCCUACUUAGAGCUGGGACCAAUACCCAAGAGGUAGUGCUGUUAAUGUCCUCCGGCCACUAAUCCAUGCUCUUCAAAGAGUUCUGCUUUGAGCGCUCAACUGGUGUUUAAAACUGGAGAAGAAGCCAUUGUGCUUUCUCCAGUUGCGAUGAACAUUGGAAGAGCCAUAGCAUAUAGAAGGUCACAGGUUCAGUCCCCGGCAACUCCAGGUAGGGCUGGGAGGGUCUCUUGCCUGAAAAUUCUGAAGAGGCGCUGCCAGUCAGUGUUGACAGUAAUGAGCAAGCUCAGCCUUUCCCAACCUUCGGGUCCCUGGAUAUUGCUAGACUCCAGUUCCCAUCAUUCCUUGCCGUUGGCCAUGCUGGCUGUGGCUGGUGGAACUUGUAGUCCGACAACAGCUGGGGACCCAAAGGUUGGGAAAGGUUGUGCUAGAUGGACCAAUGGUCUGACUGAAUAAGGCAGACUCCUAUCUUCCAAUGAUGGAUGGAGCCUUCAUAAUCUUAAGCAGGUACGUAUUCCUCUGCAGGUGUGUCCAGGGCUGUGGAGUCAGUACGUCAAACCUUCGACUCCGACUCCUCUAUUUUUCUACUGUCCAACUCCGACUCCUUCAUAAAUGGCAAAUGUAUAUUAAUUUAUUAAUAUUAAGAAAUUAAUAAUAUUAAAAUAUUAAUUUUAUUUUGAAGUCUGAGUCAGUACAUUUCUACCAAUUCCGACUGCACCCAAAAUUGCUUCCAACUCCACAGCCCUGGCUGUGUCUGUUCUGGUACUAGAUUCUGCUGGUGCGUAAGAACAAACGGCCCAGGCGAAAAAGCAUGGAUUAUGCUCGAACUGUGGUAACAAAGUGUUUUGCAGCAUAUUAGCACAGUUGGGGGGGGGGACUGCAACAGCUCUCGUAGGAAGAGAUGCAGCAUGCCUUUCCGGGUGGAUUCUCUAGGGCAGGGGUGAGGAACCACUUUUGGCCCUAGAGCCGGAUGCAAACGUGGCCAACCUGGUGAUGACAUCCCAGUGGUGGGUGGGACCAAAGGCAGGAGUGGGUGGUGCAAACAGUAAAGCAAAAUAACAGCAAGAAAUAAAACUUCCUCCAGUUGAAUGUGUUAAAACAGAAAUGCAAUGGUCUGAAGGCACGUAAGGGCAGCUCCAGGGUCAGGUCUGGUCAGUGCCUGGAUGGGAGACUGUGCGGGAAACAGGUAAGCCGCCUUGGGUUUCUAUCAUGAAGAGAAAGGUGGGGUAUAAAUGUAAUGAAUAAUUCCUUCCAUUGGUAUAAAACCAAAUAAAAUUUAUUCAGACAUUGAAAAUAUUUUUUUUAAAUCACUCAGUCCUCAAAACUUGAUCCUUCAUCCACCCCACCCCCACUGUGCAACUCGCAAGAAAGAUGCUUGUGUCCUGCAAACAUGAUCACCUGCCCUUUGCUUUCUCCAUUCUGGCCAGGGGCAAAUUCCCACCCCACUCAUUCGAUCCUAACCCUUGUCUUAUGUGCUGCCCCGGAAUGUGGAGGGGGCCGGUAUGAUGUUCACAGUAUAAGCAGCCAGGGAGUUGGAGAGACAGUGAUGCUCCAGUUGCUAGCAGAACAGCUCUUUCCGGCUGCUUUGAGAGAGUAUCUGGUUCCCUGCGGAGCGAUACUGUCCUAGCAGCCAGAAGCUCCUGAGUGGUUCAGAUCCCUGCCAAAAGCAGCGCAACAGGAGAAAAACACUCCAGCAGUGCCUCGUUUAGAUGCACCCAAGCUGCCCUUGCAAAGGAACAACUGGGAGUGCAUUUGGUCUAAAGGCUUUAACUUUCCCAUCUGUUGUCCUGUGAUGUUAGGUGAUUGGCAGGUGGGUACUGCUCACCCAAGAUGGCUUCAUGGGCCAAGGGAGAGGCUUGGUGGGCCUAACUAGGGCGAGGGUAUCCCACCGUUGCUCUAAAGCAGGUGUUUGGAACCUUUGGCCCUUCUGAGGUCGCUGAAUAACAACUCCCAUCAUCAGUGCUUGCUCCUGGGGCUGAUCGGAGUUGUUCAGCAACAUCUGGAGGGCCAAAGGUUUCCCCACAGCUGCUUUGUGGUAUCCAGCCAUGUGGGUCCUCCUUUAUAGGUCAUCUUAGAAGCAGGG